AUGUCAAAAUUAUCUUUACAAAACGCUAUUUUAACCUAUGAACAAUUAGAAACUACUCCUUCGAAACUUGAUGAGAUUCCUGAAGAUCUUGAGGACAAUCUGCGAAGACUUGGCUCUUAUAAAAGAAUUAAUAGGCCACAGGUAGCAAUGGCAACCGCACAAGUACUUUUCCAACGAUUUUUUUAUGUGGAAUCCUUGAGGAAAUUUUCUAUUAGAGAUAUAGGCAUGGGCUCUCUAUUCCUUGCUUCUAAGGUGCAAGAAUCUCCUUGUAAAAUACGCGAUUUGAUCAAUGUUUAUCAUUAUUUGAUACGACGUUAUCGUAAUUUACCCGUGGAACCUUUAGAAUAUUUUGGCUCGGAGGUAUAUGAAAUGAAAGACGCAUUAACAGUUGCAGAGAUGCAGAUACUUAAAAAAUUGGGAUUUAACGUUCAUGUACAAUUACCAUAUGGAUUAAUGGUAAAUUACUUGAAAGUUUUGGAACUUACUGAACAUGAGACUAUUCCGCAAAGGGCUUGGGGAUAUUUAAAUGACUCGCAUAAUAUUGCACGUCAUAUUAUGAGAUUAUAUGUGCUCGAAUUGCCAUCUGGAUUGCCUUUUACACUUGAUGAGCUAGAGACUUAUUUGAAAGAGCAGAAAAUUAAAAACAGUGACAAUAAUUCGUAA